CGUGCCCUCUAUAUGAGGUUGGGGAGCGGCUGAGUCGGCCUUUUCCGCCCGCUCCCCCCUCCCCCCGAGCGCUGCUCCGGCUCCAGCGCGCUCGCUCCGAGCUCCGGGCUCCUGCCAAGCUAGCGCCGCCGUUGUCUCCCACCGGCCGCCAUCAUGAUCAUCUACCGGGACCUCAUCAGCCAUGAUGAGAUGUUCUCCGACAUUUACAAGAUCCGGGAGAUCGCGGACGGGCUGUGCCUGGAAGUGGAGGGGAAGAUGGUCAGUAGGACAGAGGGUAACAUUGAUGACUCGCUCAUUGGUGGAAAUGCCUCCGCUGAAGGGCCCGAGGGCGAAGGUACUGAAAGCACAGUAAUCACUGGUGUUGAUAUUGUCAUGAACCAUCACUUGCAGGAAACUAGCUUCACGAAAGAAGCCUACAAGAAGUACAUCAAAGAUUACAUGAAAUCAAUCAAAGGGAAACUUGAAGAACAGAGGCCAGAAAGAGUAAAACCUUUUAUGACAGGGGCUGCAGAACAAAUCAAGCACAUCCUUGCUAAUUUCAAAAACUACCAAUUCUUUAUUGGUGAAAACAUGAAUCCAGAUGGCAUGGUUGCUCUGCUGGACUACCGUGAGGAUGGUGUGACCCCAUAUAUGAUUUUCUUUAAGGAUGGUUUAGAAAUGGAAAAAUGUUAACACAUUUGGCAAUUACUUUGGAUCUAUCACCUGUCGUCAUAACUGGCUGCUGCUUGUCAUCCACACAACACCAGGACUUAAGACAAAUGGGACUGAUGCCAUCUUGAGCUCUUCAUUUAUUUUGACCAUGAUUUAUUUGGAGUGGAGGCAUUGUUUUUAAGAAAAAAAACAUGUCAUGUAGGUUGUCUAAAAAUAAAGUGCAUUUAAACUCA